UACUAGUGAGAAAGCCUUCGCUAGUGCCUAUGCGAGCCUUAGAUAAGUGGUCAACUCAAAACGGAUCGAAACGUCAAAACAAAGUGCGAAGGAAGGCUCAGGGUACAAAAAAGACCAUGUCUGGUAGAUCACACUCUCAGUCAAUACAUUGGGAUGAUGGGGCCGAUGAACCCAACUACAAGACCACGUACUCGUCAAGGCCUCAUUCCACCUUUGGAGGUCAGUCAGUGGAAAGGCGAAGAGCAAGCACGGGGAACCAAGAUGAGUAUGUUCCGCUUGAAUGGAACUCGACCGGGAUUGACACCCAAUUUGAUGGAUAUACCGAGAGACCGGAAGAUUUUGUCAAUCACUUUCAUGUCUGAGAACCUCGUUUCCACCCAUUUCCCAACUUCAGGAUUGGGUGGACAACCUCCAGAUAUUCCAACGAUGCCUUUGGACUUGGAUACGUAUGGUACCUCUACAUCAGCAGAUGUAUUCCUUUAUGAAAGUGGGGAAAAUGAGGGAACUCAACCGCGCAGAUCCCACUCAUCCUUGUCCAAUUACAAGUACGAAGAUCAGAGCCAGUUCAUCCGAAAUCUGGGAUUGACAAACCCCGGGGAGGAUGAGGACGAUGAGAAUGAACAAGUAAUCCCAACUUUUAAUCAGCAAGAACUCGGCGAUGGCGUUAGUUUCGGCGAAAUGGAGAUGGACCGCCAGCAAGGCCUCAAUCCCGGGCCAAGCUCGGCGCAGAUCGUGCCCAGGAGACAUCAAUUCCGACCUAGGGACACCAUUGUCUUGGGGGGAACCCAAGAAAUGACACCGUCCAAUGAAAUUCAUCACCAAAGCUACACAUAUCAACGCCAAGCCCGGCAACGGGGUCCCCAAGGCCUCUUGGCCUUAGAAGGUGAUAUGGAGUUGAAUCGAGUGAACAAUAUCAACCAGUUAACUCAUCAAACAUUCGCAAGAGAAGGCAUUGCCAAACCCUCGGACCACCUCAAAUUGGAGGGUGAUUUUCAAAGGAAAUCCACUCAGGACGAUCAACAGCGCUUCAAAUAUACUCGAACAGCAAGAGCCCAAGGGCCGCAAGGCCAAAUUCAGUUGGACAAGUCUUUGGCCCAUGCCAAGCAUUCGUCCAAAAAUGAUCUGGUGGCUUUCACGCAAUCGGCAAGGCCCAAAAGGGUACAAGGCUACCGGGAUAAUUUGUCGCUAGGCGAUGGGAAACAAGAUUUUGGAAACCGAAAGCGGGACAACCAUGUGGCCAAUUCAACGGGGGUUAAACCAGAACGGGUCAGGACCUCGAUGCACCGGGAUAACAUGAAGGUGGGCGAAGGCAAACUCGAAACCGAGAGCUCAAAUCGCUUGGAAUAUCGCCAUAUCAACCUCCAUCAGGUGGACGAGUUGCGAGCCAAACCUUCGUGGUACCAGCAACCCCGGACUUCGAUGACCAUUACGGGGGAAGUGAGCCAUGGAUGAGGAGGCUCAUCCAAUUUGCACACAUUCUCGCUUGUUUUGUCAGAAAACGUCUCACAAUCCUUUUUCAUACGACAUCCUCUUAAAUAAAUUCCUGCUCAAACAAGUUUGAUUAAGAACUGAG